UUCAUGUUGUGUUCUACUGUCUGUGGUUUGGACCAGAGUUCUACAGCUUUCCCAUCAACAACCUGCUUCGCUCCGAUUUGGAGUGGGAGGCAAAGAUGGCGUCAGUUCUGCAGCAGAUGUUGGAGCGGUCCGAGAUCACCAAACUCCCAAAAGCCGUCCAAAAUAAACUCGAGAAAUGCUUCUCUGAUCAACAGUCUGAAAUAGAUUCUCUAAAAUCUCUUCAUGAGCGGUUCAAAGUAGACAGUGAACAACAGUACUUUGAACUUGAGAAACGUCUGGCGCACACUCAGGAACAACUUUUGUCGCAAUCCCAAGACCACCACAAGCUCAAAGAGGAGAACAGCUCACUCAAUGAAGAACUAACCAGUCUCAAAAACAAGAACAAAGCGCAUGAAACCUCAGAGGAGAAACUUUCAUCACAGCAGAGUGAUCUGUCCAAAGCCAAGUAUGAGCUUGAAGCAGAAAAACGUGAACUUGCCCGAACACUGGAGAAGAAAUCACAGGCAGUGGAGCACCUUAGCGAGGACCUGAAACGCAUCAGUGACAAGCUGUUAGAGACAAACACGGUGAAGAUGGAACUCCAGCUGAAACUGGAUGAGAUCCAGUCUGCCGAGGUCUCCGUUAAGUAUCGUGAGAAGAGGUUGGAGGAAGAGAAGGACCUCCUUCAGAAACAGACAGUCUGGCUGAAUGCUGAGCUGAAGGCAAAAACCGAGGAGCUGAUUUCUGUUUCCCGGGAGAAGGGCAAAGAGAUCCUGGAGCUCAAGUGCAACCUGGAGAACAAGAAGGAUGAGGCAACAAGGCUCCAGGACCAAGUCAACAGCCUGACAAAAUCCAAGGCGAACUUCCAGAAGCAGGUGGAAGACUCCAUGAAGAAGCUGAAAGAGGGGAAAGACCAGCAGUCUGUUAUGGAGGAAAAGUUCCGCAAUGAACUGAACGCCAAUGUAAAGCUCACCAACUUGUACAAGGUUGCGGCUGCAGAUGCAGAGUCCAAGGUUGUGGAGCUGAACAGGGCCGUGGAGGAACUACACCGACUACUGAAGGAGGCAGGAGAGGCCAACAAAGGCACUGAUUCACGACUGGAGGAGAUGACCGGCUCAAAGGAGAGGGUAGAGGCAGAGCUGAAGGAGAAACUCCGCACUUUGCAGAAAGAGCUGGAUAACGCCAAGGUCUUGCUCUCCGACUCUAAUCGCAGAGGGGUAGCUGUCCUUACGGAGGAAGAGCUGACCAACCUAUCCCCGACCGCUGCGGCUGUGGCUAAGAUCGUGAAACCGGGGAUGAAACUAACUGAGCUGUACAAUGCCUUUGUGGAGGCCCAGGACCAACUACAGCUGGAGCGACUGGAGAACAAGCGGGUGAACAGGUACCUGGAUGAGAUCGUACAGGAGGUGGAGACCAUGUCGCCCGUGCUGAAGAGGCAGAGAGAGGAGUACGAGCACAUGCAGGCGUCCAUGACCAGCCUGUCCACCAAGCUGGAGCAGGCCAUGAAGGAGAUGCACCGCCUGCAGAAGGAGGCGGACGAGGCCAACAAGCGUUCCUCGGUCCUGGAGAGGGAGAACCAGAAGUUUGAGCUGCAGCUUUCUGACCAGUCACAACAGAUCCGUGUCUUGCUGCUGGAGCUGGAGGAGGCCCGGGGGAGCCGUGUGAUUCGCGAGGGUGAGGACGUCAGCUCCACCCUCAUCAGCAGCAGCUCGGAGGCCGCCGCCCAGCGCCUCGUCACCUUCCGCAGCGUGGAGGAGCUGCAGCAGCAGAACCAGCGCCUCCUGGCCACUCUCAGGGAGCAGAAGGAGGCGCACGAGAAGGAGAAGGCCGAGGCCUCAUUGUCCAGUAAAGCAGCGCUGGAGAAGAGCCUGGAGGCAACGCGGGCCGAGCUGACUCAGCUGAGGGACCAGCGCAGUCACCAGGCACAGCUGGCCGAGUCUGCCGCCCGGCAGCGUGACAUGUACCGCAUCCUGCUGUCCCAGACCACCGGCGUCAGCCUCCCAGGGCAGGAUUGGGCGGGCCCUGUGGGGUCCUCGCCAGGCGCUGCCUCUCGGCAGUCUCCAGGGGCCGUUCCCGCUAGGACCAUGCCCCCGCGGGCAGCAGCCGCCGGCUCCAGAGAGGCUGUGGAAGCUCGAGCCGCGCUCAGACAGCUGCAAGAGGUCUUCAACACCUAUAAGAAGGAGAAGUCAGAGAAUGACAAGAUUAUCAAUGAGCAAAACGAGAAGCUCCAGAAGCAGGUCUCUGAAUUCCGCUCCCAGAAUGCAAAGCUGUCCACUCAACUGGACUUCGCUGGCAAACGGUACGCAAUGCUGCAGGAAAAUAUGGAGGGCUACCGGAGGGAGAUUGCGUCCCUGAGGGAGAAGAGCCAGAAGAUGGCAGCCACUGGUCAGAGGCAAGAGCAAAUCAUCCACACCAUGACACAGGACCUGCGGGCAGCCAAUGAGAAGCUGGCUCUGGCCGAGGUCCGUGGGGAGAACCUGAAGAAGGAAAGGGACAUGCUAAAGAUGGCGGAGUCUAGGCUCAACCAGGAGAAGGAGUCCAUCUUGUCUGAGCAGCGAAGCCAGAAUUUACUGCUGACCAACCUCAAAGCCAUACAGCUGACUCUGGAGCGCUCCGAGGCCGAGACCAAGCAGCGUCUGAGCAGCCAGAUCGAGCGGCAGGAGCGGGAGAUCAUGGCUCUGAAGAAAAAGCUGGAGCAGGAGGUGCUGCAGAGGCACGCGCUGGGACGCAACCAAGACGUUCAGCUCCUGAAUGUCCGGAGGCAGCUGGAGACGCAGAAUGCACUGCACCAGAAGACCAAGGACCUGCUGAAGACUGCAGAGCAGCAAAACGCCACCCUGAGGCAGCAGCUCGCCAGCGCAGAGAACCAGACUGUGCCACGGCCCGCUAACGUCCCCGGCCCCAAAGGGGCGCGGACAGUGGUCGGGGACGACGUGGAGGACCUGCGCUCCCGCCUGCGGCAGGCUGAGGAGCAGAACGGGGACCUCCGUGAGAGGCUCGCCAGCGCCACCAAGAACGUGGAGCAGUACCGCGCCAUGGUGCUCACUCUGGAGGAGUCCCUCAGCAAGGAGAAGCAGGCAACGGAGCAGAACCGCUCCUCCAUGGAGGCCAGGCUGAAGGAGGCCCAGGAGUACCACAAGCAGCUGGAGCAGAAGCUGAUGGAGGCGGAGAAGGAGAAACAGGGCCUGGAGGAGGAGAAGCGCAAAGCUGUGGAGAGCAUUGAGAAGCAGAUGAACGAGCUAAAGAAGAACCUGAGGGACAUCCAGACAGAGCUCCAGGAUGCCCACCAGAGGGCGACAUCUGCAGUGACCCAGGAGCAGCAGGCCACUCAGGACAGCCAGCAGCAGAUUAAGCUUGCCGCAGAGGCCCAGAACAAGUACGAGAGGGAGCUGAUGCUUCACGCGGCCGAUGUGGAGGCCCUGCAGGCCGCUAAGAAGCAGGCGCUCCAGGUCUCCCAGAACCGGCAGCAGCUGGAGGAGAAGGUGCGGAAGGCUGAAGCACAGCUCCUGGAAGGCCGCACCUCCUGGGAGCAGCAGGAGAAGAAGCUAAAGGAUGAAACCAACAAGCUGAAGGCCCGUGCAGAGGGCCUGCACAGGCAGAACGGCAUGCUCCACCAGCAGAUCGAGAGUCUCCAUAAGAAGAUGGCCACGUCCCUGCAGCAGCAGGCCACGAAAGACUGCCCCCCCUGCGCCUCCCUGACUGAGGAGGGCAAAUCUCAUGAGCAGAUACUGGAGAUCCUCAGGUUUGUUCGGCGGGAAAAGCAGAUCGCGGAGACGCAGUUCGAGGUGGCCCAGGUGGAGAGCCAGCGGUACAAGCAGAGGGUGGAGCACCUGGAGAAGGAGCUGAAGGAGAUGCAGGAGAGCCUGAACUCCGAGCGUGACAAACUGCAGUUGACCACAAAAUCCUUGGCCCAGCAUGACCAGCUGAUGAAGAAGACUGAGAACAUGACCGUCCUGACUCAGACCAACAAGAUGCUGCGUGAGGAGAAGGAGAGACUGCAGCAGGAGCUGCAGCUGAUGCAGGCUAAGGUGCGAAAACUGGAGGCGGACAUCACGCCCCUGCAGGAGUCCAAUGCGGAGCUGAGCGAGAAGAGUGGCAUGCUUCAGGCGGAGAAGAAGCUCCUGGAGGAGGACAUCAAGCGCUGGAAGGCCCGAGCACAGCACCUGGUGAGCCAGCAGAAGGACAGCGAGACAGAGGAGCAGAAGAAGCUGGCCUCUGAGAAGGAGGCGCAUCUGAAACGCAUCCAGCAGCUGACCGAGGAGACGGCCAGGUUGAAGGCUGAGAUUGCCAGGUCCCAGGCCUCCAUGACCACAGUGCAGAGCCAGCUGCAGAACCUGCAGGAGAACCUGGGAAAGGUCACCACAGAGAGGGAAACCCUCAAGAAAGAUGUGGAGGCCAAAGCCCUGGACAUCCAGGAGAAGACCAAGACCAUAACGCAAGUCAAGAAGAUUGGCCGCCGCUACAAGACCCAGUACGAGGAGCUAAAAGUGCAGCAUGACAAGCUGGUGGCGGAAUCCGCCGCCAAGCCUGCUCAGGAGCAGGCGGAACAGCAGGCCUCUGCCCAGGAGAUCCAGGCCCUGAAGAGCUCUGUCACCCAGGCCGAGGCCAAGACCAAAGACCUGGAGAGCCAGGUGGAGAACCUACAGAAGUCUGUGGGCGAGCGAGAGACCCAGGUGAGGGGUCUCCAGGAGCAGGUGAACAAGGUUCAGCCAGAGCUGACGCGCCUCAGGCAGGAGCUGCAGGAGAAGUCUGCGCAGGAGGAGCAGCUGCGCCAGCAGAUGGCCGAGAAGGAGGAGAAGACCAAAAAGGCCUUCAUGGGGGCCAAGCAGAAGAUCAACCAGCUGAACGGAGCGAAGGAGCAGCUGUCGCAGGACUGCGAGGAGCUGAAGCAGCAGAGGGAGGAGCUGGAGGUGCGGCUGAGCGCGCUCAAGUCACAGUACGAGGGCCGGCUGUGCAGGCAGGAGCGGGAGCUGCGUGACCUCCGAGAGCAGCAGGAGCGGCACAGUGAGCAGCGGGACGAGCCUCCAGAGCAGGGCCCCAGCAAGGCUCAGGAGCAGCAGAGACCAGCAGAACAGAGGCAGAUCACCAUGAAGACCAUGCCAGCAGCCGACAGGGGCAGUGCAAGCACUUCAGAGCCUCCGACAGCCAACAUAAAGCCCACCCCUGUAGCUGCAACACCCAGCAAGCCUCCUGCCAUUCCCGGGAAUAAGUCCACCCCCAGGGCCAGCAUCCGGCCAAUGAUCACGCCGGCCACCGUCACCACGGCAACGCCCACCGCCACAGUCAUGCCCACCACCCAGGCAGAGGCGCAGGAAGCUGGACAGUCUGCAGAUGGUCCAGUGGAACAUGUGAUGGUGUUUGGCAGUGCCAGUGGCUCAGUUCGCUCCACCAGCCCCAACGUCCAGACCACACUGUCGCAGCCCAUGCUGACCCAGGCCACCGCUUUCGUCCAGCCCACCCAGCAACAGAGCCUGCCCCCCGCUGCCGAGCCAGCAAAUCAGGAGCCAGCUCUGGGCACCAUGGAGGUAGUGUCCAGCAACCAGGUGGAGAGGCCCUCCACAUCUUCAGCGGUCUUCAGCUCAGUUUCAGCCACCCCGGGUCCCUCGGUGCCUAAGCGGUCUCGUGAGGAAGAGCAGGAGAGCCCCGGGGAGGCAGAGGCCAUAGAGGAGCCCGCUGACGCACCCAUUCCAAAAAAGAUACGCAUCACCCAGAGGACAGUUUUGACUUUGACUUUGGAGGAGGAUGCUGCUACAGACGAUGGUCCUAAUGCUGAGGCGGAAGCUCCUCCCAUGAGCCAAGAAGCCCCAGAAGCCAUCCAUCUCUCCGACACUGAAGAAUACCCGGUCCUGAUGGACGGCGAGGAGGUGUCCCAGUCCGGCCCGGCUGAGUCCUCCGAGUCCCGGCUCAGCGAACAGAACUCACCCGAGAGCCAGCAACACAGCGUCAUCGUCAUAGGGACCGACAGCGAGAGCGAGGAGGAAGAGGAAGAAGAGGAGGACGAGGGAGCCGAACAGGAGUACCAAGAGGAAGAGGAGGAGGAUGACGACGACGAAGAUGAUGACACUGGGAUGGGCGACCAGGCGGAGGAGAGCAACGAGGGGAGUGUGAGCGGCGACGCUGACGAGCCGUACGAAAGGGACGCUGCCGAGGGACCUGAGGCUUCUGACCCCAGUGUGGAAAACGAGGGGAGAAUGGGGCUCGCCGACUCUGCCCAGAAGCAGCCCGACUCCCUGAGCAGCGGAGAAGGGGGUGGAAGCACCGCAGAAUCCUCCACCGAACUGCCCAGGGAACUGCCGACUCCCAGCACCACCACCUUCGACCGGCAGGCCCCCCGCCUACCACAGUCCCCACGGAGAAAGCCUCACACCAUUCCCCCUGAGCUCAACAUCCUGCCCCCAGCCCCGGAGCUGGGGCCCCCACCAACUCAUCGACAGCCUGCACAACGCAGAGGGCCUCAACUCACGCCUGGAAUUGGCAGCAUGCAACACUUUUUCGACGACGAUGACAGAAUGGUGCCCAGCACACCCACACUGGUGGUGCCGCACCGCACGGACGGCUUCGCUGAGGCCAUCCACUCGCCUCAGGUUGCCGGCGUUCCCCGGUUCCGGUUCGGCCCACCAGAAGACAUGCCCCAGGCCAGUUCCUCCCACUCUGACCUGGGCCAGCUGGCAUCCCAAGGUGGUCUGGGAAUGUACGAGAGUCCACUGUUCCUUGCAGCGCAUGAAGAGGAAUCUGGAGGACGCAGCGUUCCUACAACACCCCUGCAGAUUGCAGCCCCAGUGACUGUCUUCAGCGAGAGCCACCCCUCUGACAUGUCAGAGACUGCCUCCCAGUCCGUUCCUAUGGUGUCCACAUCCACAGUGGGCUUGUCAGUGCCUGGGGAGGCCGUCCCUGGUGACGAUGGGGACGAGGUCUUCAUGGAAGCAGAGAGUGACGGGGCCAGUGCCGAGGCCUCACUCGACAGCCAGCCUGAGGUGGAGUCAGCCCAGCCUUCUGAUGAGGCCAGUCUUCCUUCCACUAGCCAGGAACCCACGUCCAGCUCUGCAGAUAGCAGCGGUACACCCAAACCAGCCAGCCGGCCUCUGGCUCAACACCAGCUCCCCAUUCGGCCGCCCACCAGGGGUAGACAGAUUAUCAGGAGAGGUUUUGGCGUCACAAGAGGAGGCCGAGGCCCUUUCGCCCGAGGGAACAUGCGUUAAAUGAAACCCAACAUGUCCAAUCGUCCUUUCUACAGCUGGAAAAUGUGCUUUAAGCUUUGAUUGGUUUUUUUGUUUUUUUGUUUUUUUUGGUAAACAAAUUGCCUCAUUAUGCUUAAGAGAUGCUUUUACUGAGUGCUUGUGAGCAACGCUAAUGAAGCGGUGUCUCAAUUUAUUAAUAAAAGUUCGGAAACAUG